UGUCCCCGCACUCCACGGUGGCCGGGACUGAGACCGGACCCCCGCCCCUCCGAGUGGCGUGGAAAAACUCGGGGUCCCGCAGCCGGGUGCCGUGCACGCGGGCGGCCGGGGGCCACCACGGGAGGUUUGACAGCAGCGGAGGAGAACCCGAGCGCGACUCCGGAAGCGGAGGGAACCUGUCAGAGCCGCGCCCGGCGGGGACCAGAAGCCGCGGGCGGCGCGCGGGUGUGCGCGGCGGGCAGAGCCCCGACGCGGGUCACGCUCGCGCUGGGCCGGCGCGGAGCGCCCCCCCCCUCCGGUCCAGCUGCCGCCCGAGUCACCGCCCCGUUUAGGCGGCAGGAACGCAGAGCCAGCACUCGCCCCCCAGACGGGCUUCAUGCGGAGAGUGCAGCCUCCACUCGGGCGCCAGGCUUGAAGCUCUGGGUGAAAUGGGAGGCUUGUGGGUCCCGCGGAUGUAAAACUGCGCUGAAUCGUGACCGUGGGUGAACGGUCUGCUCGGCAGGACACCAAACAACUACUUACACGAGUGUGGUCGGUGGUAUACAGGCCUGAUAUGUGCAAACGUUUUCUCAGAAGUCGAAGAAAAAAAAAGUCCUUCUCUUAAAUAGUUUCCCUGCAGAAAAGCUGGAAUCUCAACUAAGGCGUCUUAGAGCCUUGGAUUUUACGGAAUUAAUAACUCAGAGUAACUUUACGAGGCCCCGGGAGAUAGCCCUUUUUGAUAGAAAAAUCAUUUUUAAAAAUGAUGCUGAUGAGAAAUGAGUCAAGCAUCUGAGCUCUGUGGAUUCGCAGACCGGAAGGAGGGACGGGAAGACCAGUGCAGGGUCUGCGGAGAUUCAGCUCUGUGGUUCUCUGCUCUUAGAUCCACGGCCAGGUGGCCCUGUCCUUGCAAGGUGACUCAUUGGACAUGCUGCUGACCUGGGAGAGACCCGCGUCCUAGCUAAGGUUCACAGGGCACCGACAUUCUGUCUGUCAGAGCCUGAAUUGUUAUUUAACACCUUCAGAGAUGCUGUUUGUAUAUUAACUUUAGACAAGCUUAUUAUUAAUUUUAUUGUUAUUGUUUAUACGAAAUUUAAUUUUGGCAAAAAAAAUCAUUCAUAAUGAUUAAUGGGGCCCAUACCAGAAUGGAAGACAAACUUCUGAAUAAAGUCUACAGCUUUUGUCGAGGAAGAAAUCAGUUAGUGGUAGCUACAGACAAGGCUGGCACUUCAUUAAAAGGGUAAAAAGAAAAAGAAAGGGGACAGAACUGCUGUGGACACUCCACAUGUCACUGGGACAUCCUCCAGACAGCCUUUCCUGACUUCCAGCCUGCCAGUCCUUGUCCUACCCAACUAAUAUUUCUAAUAUUUCAACUCUGCCAACGAAUACUUCUUUGGCGAAGCCAGGAGGCUCUGUAAAGGCUGAGCAGUGACCCAGUGUAUCGUGAUGAACAUUAUCCAAGCGUCAGAGACCGUCCAGGAUCAGGACAAGCAGCCCUCUCCUGGUUCUGCAGGUUCCUGUCAGUCUUUAUCUUCCUGGUGUCUGUCGCUGACGCUCGGGCUGGGGACCCGGUGAGGAAUGCCUCCUCCGGGGUUUCGACAGGUACAGAGAUUUGUCACGGCCUCAGAAGCUGCUUGGCUACGGAUCAUUGCCUUCGAUGAGUUAAGAACGGAUUUUAAGAGCCCGAUAGACCAGUGCAACCCUGUUCAUGCGAGGGAACGGCUGAGGAACAUCGAGCGCAUCUGUUUCCUUCUGCGCAAGCUGGUGCUGCCGGAGUACUCCAUCCACACCCUCUUCUGCGUCAUGUUCCUGUGCGCCCAGGAAUGGCUCACCCUGGGGCUCAACGUGCCCCUGCUCUUCUACCACUUCUGGAGGUACUUCCACUGCCCGGCGGACAGCUCCGAGCUGGCCUACGACCCGCCGGUGGUCAUGAACGCAGACACCCUGAGUUACUGUCAGAAGGAGGCCUGGUGUAAGCUGGCCUUCUACCUCCUCUCCUUCUUCUACUACCUGUACUGCAUGAUCUACACUUUAGUGAGCUCUUAAAGACCACACACGUCAUCAGAGACCGGGACGGGAGAGCGCUGAGGCUGAGAAGUCAUAUCUGCUGGCGAUUGGAGAAGGGACCCCAGUGGGCAUGUGUGAGAAGGAGACCCGGCCAACACUGAAUGACCCGGGACUGGGUCAGGCAGCCGCCAGGCGGCCGCGCCAACCAUGUACCCUGUCUUCAGCGCUCACGCCACACUCGGAUGGUGGCCCCCUUCUGAGCAGUGGGGGCCUCCUGAGCAAGAAUUUCUGCUUCCUGGAUCCACUUCAUCAAACAACCCCCUGCAAGUUCACUCUGGUUUCCUGGGUCCUGGGUGUGGGGGCUGGAAGUCUGGGAGGUGCCUGCUGAGGAACGGAGAGACCCACUGCCGGCCUCCCGGACGCUGUGGGCCGCCCCGGGCUCUGGCGUUGCUUCCGAGCCAUGGCCAUGCCCUUCACCUCGGGGGAGGGCCUGGGGGGCAGGCUGCUGCCUUCUGCUGUGCGGCCUUGAGCUUGAGGGGUGACCAUGCUCGAGCCCUGGUUUGUGAGAACCCAGCUCAGCACCGUCUGCAGCUGGUCAUGAAUGACACCCAAAGUCGCAGACGUGGGGCUGGGAGGGAGGAAUACGAGAAAGAAAAAGAUUUUUAAAGCAUUUCCUACAUGUUCAAGGUGAUACCACCCAAAGCCAUCACGGGUCACAGAAUGAGCACUGCUGUCACCACCAGUCAAAGCAGCCAUCUUUCAAGGACCCCCCCCACCCCAGCUCUGAGGCCAGGAAGUGCUGGGGCAGCUGCCCAGAGCCGGGCGGGGCCCAAAGAGGCAACAGUUCCAGCUUUUUUUCAUGAUGCUGCAUCAUCCGUACUGUUCGGUUCAAUAGGAGGAUGUUCCCUUAGAAUUCGCCCCAUGAGGUUCUCUCCACUUUGAGCAGGGGUUGUGCUAGGAGGUUGUAAAUGCCGAAAAGGCGGAGCGUUUUAUGAUGCUGAGGCUGGGCAGUGAUCGUUGACUUCCCUCCCCCAAAAUCCCUUUAUUCUUCUGUUGGGCGCACACAGGCUGUUUGUACCCAGCUCCCACCCAAGCCCCGUGACUUGGGCUUCUCAAUGGUGUUUGUGUAGCGCGCAGUGUGCUGUGUUGAAAGCGCAGCGGCAGGCGGGUGUCUCGCCUACCUGGCUGUUUCAUGCAAACCGCACUACUGGCUGGAUUCAUCUCCAUGUGGUCGGUAAGCUGGUAGGUAGAAAAAGCAAAGUUUCAAAAAGGCGUUUUGCUUCUAAAUAUUCUACAGAAAACAAAAUGCAGACGAGCGCUCUGAGGCUAAAGGUAGAAAACCAGAGCAUUCGAGGGGGCGGUCCCUGGGAGCAGGCUUCCCCUUGGCCACGCCCCGGGGUCCUGGCUGGGUGGGCGUGGUUGGGACAGGGCAUUACCUUUAGGGCUGGUUGACCCCGUCUGUGACGCCACUCCAGGGAGGGGCCGAUGCCUUCAUCCAGAGAAAUGACCCUGGUGUCCAGGCAGCUCACGGCGAAUUUGACCCUGUGGCCACCGGACACAGUUGAAUGGGAGGGGGACGCGGCCCAGGUCCCUCCUCACCACGGAGCUGUUUUGUUUGUUUCCAUACUGGGUUGGCCAAAGAGUUCGUUUGUUUUUUUUCUAUAAGGUGGCUCCAGUAACCCUUAGUUGACUUUAACUUCAUUCAAAACAAGUGUUCUGUUAGAUUGCAUUGUGGCAGCUGUCAUAUCAGUGUGCAUUAAAAAAAAACAGCAAAAUUGGUGAAUUUUUGUGCAACCAUUUUAAUAUUGAAGAUGGAAGAAAAUAUGCAACAUUUUCGGUAUAUUAUGCUUUAUUAUUUCAAGGAAGAUAAAAACACAACUGAAACGCAAAAAAAAAAAAAAAGGGAUUUGAAAAGAAUCUGUCCAUUGUAUGGAGAAGGUGCCGUGACUGAUCAAAUGUGUCAGAAGUGGUUUGUGCAGUUUCGUGCUGGAGAUUUCUCACUGGACGAUAGUCCACAGUCAAGUAGACCAGCUGAAGUUGGUAACGAUCAAAUUGAGACAUUAAUUGAGAACAAUAAGCACUAUACCAUGUGGGAGAUAGACAACACACUCAAAAUAUUCAAAUCAAUAAAGUUAUGGUGAAAAUGAAAAAUGUGCCUCUUAUUUUAUGUAAAAAAAAAAAAAACACACGUACUUUUUGGCCAACCCAAUACUUUGCCUCCUUUCUGAGAGAUUUGAAGUAGCUUAUAAUGGCAGACACCACACAAAGACCGUUAAAAUGGCAAUGGAAAUUCAAACUUAUAAAGAAGGAGGACACAGAGCCACCAGCUUCCUGAGAUGCUCUGUUUAUUGUGGUUGAGCAUUAAGUUAGAUAUUUCUCUUAACAGUGAAUAAUAGCGACCCGAAGUUAUACAGUGCUUAACAUUGCUUUCGCACCUUCUCAUUGGACCCUCCUCACAAUACUAUUAAGUUGAUACUAUUUCAUUUCUCAUUUUCUAAGUGAGUCAGUUGAAGCUCAGAGAGGGUGAGUGACUUACCUGUAGUCAUACAGCAGUCACAGAGCUGCCUUUGAAGUCGGGUCCUAUGACUUUGAAAACCCCAGGCCCUUUUCAUCACUCCUGAAAGCUGGCAAACUAGCUCGGGGUCCUAUAAAGUUUUGAUUAGUACCAUUAACUUUUUGAGAAAAGGUUUUUAAAGUAGAGCUAGAGCAGAAGGGCCUGGCUUGCUUUCCCUUCAUACGCCGCCCUCAGACUUGCUUUGUUUGUAGGAGGUUCUUUUGUACGGUGGUCCUUUGAAAGUGGCAAGCGCCUCUCAGGCGGUCCUUACGUUUCUGAAAGAGAAACAUCAAAUGUUUCCCUCCUACAAGUUGUGCUGGGGAAAAAAAUAACCCAAGUAUUUCAUUGGAUGUGUGAGCCAAUUUCCAGUUCCUAGAGGAGCUAAUCAUGAUAAUAGAGAGUAAGAGUAACAGGUGCAGUGCCCUGGCCCGGUGGCUCAGUUGGUUGGAGCAUCAUCCCAUGCCUCAAGAAGUUGCAGGUUUGAUUCCCAAUCAGGGCCUGUGCCUGGGUUGUGGGUUCGAUUCCCGGUCAGGGCAUGUGAGGGAGGGAACUGAUAGAUAUUUCUCACAUCUCUCUCUCUGUAAAAUCGAUCGGCGUAUCCCCGGGUGAGGAUUUAGAAGGAGUAAAGGGCACAGUGGUGGGACCCAUGUGCUGUACUGGGUGCUGGGCUACCCCUUAUACCAUGAUCUCACCGAGUCCUCACAACGAGCCCACAAAACAGGACAGUCUCACCCCCAUUUCACAGAUGAGAAAACCGGGGAGGCUCAGGGCAGGUGCAUCUGCUCUCGGCAACCCAGCCAGACGUAAGCUCAGGGUGGCGAGUCAGUGGCCAAUUCUAACGGAAGCCAUAAAUUGAGGUGUUGGGCAUUAUGCUAUACACCUCACGUGUUUUUGUCUGACCCUCCUACCAAGACCACAAGGUCAGUCCUGUCUCUUUCCUGGAGGAGGAAACUCUGCGAAGGUGAGUGAGUCCUGUGCCUAUGCCAUGGCUAGUCAGGGGUGAGAUUCACACCCAGGGCCGCCGCCGCCCUCAUCAUUUCAUCCGCUCGGAGAUUGCGUCUCUCGCUGCUUAUUGCACAGAUGCGUCCAAGGGGAGGAAGGCGGGUGAGGCAGGUGCCAUGGCUCCGCAGAUGCAUCACACAGGGGAGGGCACCCUUGGGUGAUGGAGGCUCUCCCUGCCAAGUUUGAGUCUGGGUGUCAAGGAGAGGGUUUCUCAGGGCCCAAAGGCCUGGGGUUGGUGAUCUGGCUCCUUUCCCUUGGGGAGGCAGCGUGUAGGCCUGGUGUGCUUGUGCCCGAACAGUCACAGCAGGAUGUGGGGGACCUCGCCGAAGCUUUCUUCUCACCUGGCCCAGUGCAGUGAGCAACGGCACCCCUGCCCUGCUGUUAGAGAGAUGAGAGGACAUCGUGUUUGCAAAGAGCUCGGAAGAGGGCCCUGCCCACUGUGAGUUCUACCUCACUCCUUGGAGGGGCGAGUUGUCCUCGCCACCCUCAUGGCGUCCUGUGCCCAUCCAGGGCAAGGUCCCCCAAAGGGAGGGACAUCACUGGGCCAUGCGGGGAAGCAGGGGAUGGUCCCUGGACCCAGCUGCCUUCCUGAUGCCUUGUUCCCUGAGUGGAGGCCAGGCUAGGACCCGAGACCUUUCAACGCCACGCUCUUUAGCCUGAAAUGCUGACCACUGCUGUCGGAUUUAGCCGUGUGCUGGACACUGAGCGCAUCUUACAACAUUCGUGUUCUCCAGUGCCCACAACAUCACUAUGAAAUAGGAACUAUGAGUGCCUCCGACUUACAGUGGAAAUCCUAAAGCUUACAGAGGGUAGGUAAACAAACGAGUCGAGGUCACAGUUACUAGUGAGUAACUCGUAACUCUGGGCCUCGACCCCAUGUGUGUUCCUGAAAGGGUGGGACGGUGAAGGGAGGUGAGCAAGGGGCUCCAAGGGGAGAAAGCAGCAGGCACAGGGCCCUCCCAGAAGCUGGCCCUGCUCCCCUCUUGCAUUUCACAGUGAGCACCUCCGCGAGAGCUUGUAACCACAAGGGUUUGCACUGUGAGGUCUCGUUCGUACAAGCCCCUUCGCCUCACUGAGACUCAGCUUUCCCAGCUUGGAGACAGGGUGGUGAUGUCUGCCCAUUGAGUGUGGUUGUGAUGAAGUGACCAGUCAGGGCCAAUCAACGACUCUCAGUCCCCAGUGCCCCGCUGCAUUCCCCCUCAGAACGCAGAGUGAAAGUGAGGGCUGUAGCGAAGAAAACGGUGAAGCGCUUCUCGUAGUAACACAUGGCAACGUUCAAUGAAUCUUAGCUUCUUUCCUUUCAACCCUGGAGGCAGACCAGACAGGAGGCACCGGUAAUGGAGCUCAGCCUUCCUGAGAAAAAUCUCCCCUUGACUUCCUAUUUUUAGGCUUAGUAAUUGCACCAACGCUGAAUAAAGUUGUCACCGCUACGACAGUUCUGUUCUCCUACAGAAGAGAUGAACGCAGCCAGCGGUGUGCUUUGACAACAAAUAAUUGCACUCACGCUGUGUCAUUGUGCAGAUCCAUUGCAUAACGCUUUCUGGGGCUUGGGCCGCCGCACUGCCAAAUGCGCUCAGGUGCAUGAAAUCUAGAUCUCAGGGCCGCCUCUCCCCGCCAGACACCUGGGGUGGCCUCUGCUCCCAAGGCUCAGGCAGAAAGCGCCACCACUGUGGGUGUCUGCAGGGGGAUCUUCAGGACACAACCCGGCAUUCCUAGGGAAGGAUGGGGACGUGUCUUAGCUUUGUGCUGGUUAGGAGCAGGGGGGCAGAGUUCCCCUGUUUGCUGGAGCCCUGCCUGCGAUGGAAGUACAGUUCUACCUUGGUCCUUGAGGGCUUCAGAACUCAUCAAACCCUAUACUCGUCACAUUUUGACAAGAAAGGAAUGUUUCAGCACUCGGCGCUUGCUCGGGACUUGUCACACUUGCUAGAACUGGCAUGUCACCACGCCGUCCCACGAGAGAAAAUGCUUCAUCACCCAUCACUUAAAGAAUUCGUUUGGUAUUCAUCAGUCUUGUCAAUCGUCACCAGUUCUGAACGAAUGAACGACAAUUGCCGCAGUCCCACUAUAUUUGUGGCGGAGAAGGAUCUUUGUACUCACACCUCGGAUUGCAGUGUCGUUGCUUCGCAGGUGAUCCUGUGACAGAAGCAGGAUCGACACAGUCACAAAAGAGUCUCUUCCAGGCUCCUGGUAACUUCUGCCCCGAGAGCUCUAGAUGCCCCAAGAGUAUCUUCCUGUUCUGUGACCUUCACCUUGAGGACACCAUGCGAUGCCCAUAUCUUCUUCCUGCCCAGCUCAUAGUGCACUAGAACUUUCCCCUACAGGCUCGUGAGAGCCAAUUGUUAAAAUUUUUAAGGGAUUUUGCUGAACACUUAAAUGCAGCCAUUAUUAAAACUGGUUAUGUAAGCUUACAAG